AUGGCGGAGGAGAAGGGGACGCUGCAGGCGAUGAGGGGGUGGGUCGUGGACCACAAGCUGCGGGCCGUAGGGACGCUGUGGCUCACGGGGAUCGCGGGAUCCAUCGCCUACAACUGGUCCAGGCCCGGGAUGAAGACCAGCGUCAAGCUCAUCCACGCCAGGCUUCACGCUCAGGCCCUCACUCUGGCUGCCUUGGGUUGUUCUGCGCUUGUGGAGUACUAUGAUCACCAGUCAGGUUCAGGAUCAAAGGUUCACGACUAUGCAAAGCAGUUCCUUCCAUCGGACAGAAACGCCAAAAAGGACUCCGUGUAG